UACUCCUGCCAUUGCCAUGUCAGAGUUUGGACUUUCUGACAGGUAGUUGCAAAUGGCUGGAAGCUCCAACCGGGACGAGAUUGCUGCCCUAAGGAAGGAGAUAUCUUCACUGCUCACCACGAAUGGGCAACUUCAUCAACAUUUGGGGCAGCUCAAUGGCUACCUGCCUGCAGGGCCCCCUGUUCCUUUGCCGCCGCGACCUUCAGAAGGCCCUCUUCAGGAUCGUGAGCCAGUAACUGAACCGUGCCAAUGGCCGGCCAAUCACUCUGCACCUCCCAUCACAGGCACACCAGCCCCAAUCUCUGCUGCUGCGCUGGCAGCAAUGCUACGGGAGCGGGAUGACUUGCAACAAAGACUGCAAGCUACGGAACUUGCACGUUGUGCCGCACAACAGCGCCGUUCCACGGCGGAGGCAGCGCUACAAAGAGCUACUGAGGACCUGGAAAGGCAGCGGAAGCUAAUGGCAUCACAUGCAGCCCAAGAUUCAGCCAAUGAAGCUGAUCUCUUGCGACAGCAAUUGCGCGAGGCGCAAGAGAAAUUGGAAGAUCUUGAUGGUGCUUUGACAACGAGGAGCCAACGCAUUCGAGCGAACGAGCGCGAGUAUGCUGAGCUUCGAGUCGAAUAUGAUGGUCUUGCUGCGGCCAACGAGGCUAUCAGGAAGGAACUUACUGCAACUAGAAGCCGCAUAGUGGCAGAGCAGCAAGGCUGCCGGGCUGCAGAAGCUGAACUCUCCGAGUGCCAGGCACAGAUGCGAGCCGGCGAGAUGGAGUUCGCUGCUGAACUGGAGUCUUUGGCGAACCGACGUCGGGGCUUGGAGGUUUCUCUUCGCAACUCUUCUUUGGCACUUGCUGAUGCGGAAGCUGAAGUUGCAGAAACUCGGACUCAAAGCCUUGGUCUACGUGCACAGCUGGAGGUGCUUGAAGCUGCAAGGGAUGAAAUUGCAGCUCAGGAAUAUCAGUCCAGCCUGCAGCAACGGGAGGAGGUGAAACGACUUGAAUCUGUGGCUGAGGGGCUUUCCUCAGAGGCCAAAGAUCUUUCCCAGAGGCGUUCAAAGGCCCUGGCAUCGCUGGAGGAAUUGCAGAAAGCCCAAGCCAGAAGGGAGAGCGAGAAUGCACAGGAGAACUCUCUUUGUCGAGCUCGUGCAGCAGCUGCUGAGCGCUGCAAGAGAGCAAGAGAGGAAGUCGCGGAGGCUGAGCAGAGACUGGGAGCUUUGCUACGUCAGCUAGGCGAAGAACGGCGACAAGGGCUGGAACUUGCCCGAGAACUUACAGCUGCUCAAUCUUCUGCAGCAGCAGCAGGUGUGCCCCUCCAAGCAAAGCCUGUCCGUCGCUCUCGAAGUGCAAAAGCCAAAUCGACCAAAGUCACGUCGUCUUGGCCAAGCAACGAGUUGCAAGAAACCUGGUCUGCAAGCACUUUACGUAUGCACCGAGAAUUGGAGAUGCUCCAAAGGUGGAAGUCGGAUGCCCUCUCUGUGCUUAAGCAGAUGCAGGUGGACGUUUCCUCUGCCCAGGAAAAAUACCGACAGCAGCUGGACCAGAAUCAGAGUCUUCAGAAGAGGCUAGAGCACAUGGGCCUGCAAGCAAGUCAAGUUCUGAAUGAUCUCCCAGGUUCGCCCGCAGCGUGUCGGCACGCUUCUAUAGUGUGAACUAUGUCGAGACACCUGUGUCAAAAAGAUAGAAA